AUGUCUAUAGACACAUUCGACUACAUCAUAGAAAAAAUAUCACCUGAUUGUAGUCAUGUUUCAACAAAUUUUCAAAAACCAAUUUCUGUUGAAGAAAGGCUCCUUGUAACCAUAAGAUAUUUGGCAACUGGAAUGGCUUUUAGGCAACUUGCACUUUCAUUUAGAAUAUCGAAAUCAACAGUGUCAACUAUAGUUAUUGAAGUUUGUAAAGCUAUUUGGAAUAAUUUAAGUGAAAAACAUUUACCAACACCAACUAUAGAAAAACUAAAAAUUAUUGAAAAGGAAUUUUACCAAAAAUGGAACUAUCCAAAUUGUAUUGGAAGUAUAGAUGGUAAACAUAUCAGAGUUCGAUGUCCGAAAAAUCCUGGUAGUAUGUUUUUUAAUUACAAACAAUACUAUUCAAUCGUUUUAAUGGCUAUUGCUGAUGCAAAUUAUAAAUUCAUAAUAGUAGAUGUAGGAGGUUAUGGAAAAGAUAGCGAUGACGGUAUUUUAUGCGCUUCAAAUAUAUAUCACAGUCUUGAAAACGAAUCGUUAAAAAUCCCAAGUGAGAAAAAAUUUCCAAACUCAAAUGUAAAAGUUCCACAUGUUUUUAUUGGUGAUGAAGCAUUUCCACUGCGUAAUUAUUUAAUGCGACCAUUUCCUAGAUAUCAAUUACAAGAUGCUGAUAAGAUGUACUACAACUAUAGACAUGCUAGAGCCAGGAUGACUAUUGAAUGUGCUUUUGGUAUUGCUUCAUCAAAGUUUCGUAUUCUUUUAAAAGCUAUUGAAACAAAAAUAGAAAAUUCACUCGAUCGACGUUGA